AUGCCUUCUACAACGUCUUUGGCUACCAUCGCGAGUCUCAGGACAGUAUUCGCCAGAUAUGGUUGCCCAGACCUCAUCGUCAGCGACAAUGGUCCACAAUUUGCAUCUGCAGAGUUUGCCGAGUUCCUCGCCUCGAACGGCAUCGCUCACAGACGCUCAGCGCCGUAUCAUCCAGCGACGAACGGCCAAGCUGAAAGGUUCGUCCAGACGUUUAAACGGGCAAUCCAGGCAGUACCACAGUCAACGCCUGCACAGAUUGCUGCUGACCGGUUCUUGAUGAGCUACCGCCGACGAGUCCAUCCGGCUACAAACGCAACGCCUGCGAAGCUGUUUCUAGGCCGUCAGCUACGAUCACGUCUGGAUUUGUUGCGACCGUCAACGGCACAACAGAACGCCAAGACGCCCACCGAAGAGCCUGCUGGCAAGGCACGAUCCUUCGAGGUUGGAGGCGCCGUUCUAGCACGUGAUUACCGGAACGCCAACCAUCCCGGAUGGAUCCCAGCGACCAUACUCGAGAAGCUUGGGUCUCGUACGUACGUGAUUGUCACCAGCCAAGGUGCACAGUGGAAGCGACACCUGGAUCAGCUACGUGCGGGACACCCGUCCUUCCUAGUGGAUGAGCCGACACAAUCUGUGGCUGCACCAUGUCUCCCUCCAGUGCAGCACCCGACCGCAGCAGAAGCACCCGAGCCUGAGCCGGCUGCAGUGCCACAACAGCACGAGGCUGACGCUACCAACGACACAACUGACGCCUCACCGACUCCGACUCUACGCCGAACGCUGCGGACACGCAAGCAAGUGUCUCGCUUGGGCCUGUAG